CUUUGGAGACAAUAUUUAGGAAACUUUAUUGGGGUUAUUCGCACACAUCUAUAAGGUUUAAUACUUUCUAACAUGUCAGUUACAAGGGCACAACCAUCGCCUUUUGGACAGCUUAGAAGAGAGAAACACAUUGAUCAUAUCUUUAGGAUUUCUACAGAUGAGAAAAUGGUCUGCAGUUGCUUAGAGGUUCGACCCGUACAGACAUUUAAUCAGUACAAUGAUUUCACAAGUCAAGAAGAAAAGCAUGAGAAGCAUAAAAAUGAAAAGCUUACCCGUCCCAAAAAUAUAACAAGAAAAGAAACUACUCAGGUAACUACUUCUGCUUCUCCAUCUGAUAAGUCCUCUGAGAUAAGACCCAUGGGGGAUAAACCAAGGAUACAAAGAAUGUUAACAGCAGUUGAAGAGUUGGAUGAGUCAACUUCUUCUGAAUUGCAGAUUUUGGCUGGUGACAAACAGUUCUUUAUUACCUCCAAGGUCAAGCCACAAGGUUUGAGAUGUCAACCAGAGAGAUUAUAUAUUAUCUCCACUAGGACAGCUAAACAACUACUUGUGGCUACUGAAGAUUCCAGCUUCCUGUGUUUCCACCUGUGUGGUCCAGCUCGCUCCUGCAGCCUCCAACUAUGUGACCAGAACCGAGAGGAAGUGCUGAGAUUCUGUCGACCUUACAGAAUGGAUGUGUGCUGCCUAUUCUGUUGUCUGAUGGUGAUCAGAGUAUUUUCUUCAACAAACAGCCCAAUUGGUUCAGUACAGCAGAGGUGA